AUAAGGCGAGAAGAGAACCACGUCCACAACAAUCCCCGGUAUGGCGUCAUCUUACGUCACCAUCUCAACGGUUACUCCGACGGCCAGCGGCAGCAACGGUACGUACAACAUUCGAGGUUUCGCUGGCUUACCCUUCACGCGUCGCCGUGUAACUCAAUCACCGAAUGCUCGGAGGAGAACUUCGGCUGUGGUGAAAGCGUCGACGAAGAAGAAUGCAAUGGAGUACCGGAAAUUAGGAGACUCCGAUCUUAACAUCAGCGAAGUUACUUUUGGCACUAUGACAUUUGGAGAGCAAAAUAGUGAGAAAGAAGCUCAUGAGAUGUUGAGUUAUUCAAUUGAAGAGGGCAUCAACUGUAUUGACACUGCUGAAGCUUACCCUAUACCGAUGAAGAAGGAGACUCAAGGAAAAACCGAUCUUUAUAUCAGUAGCUGGUUGAAGUCUCAGCAACGUGACAAGAUUGUUUUGGCAACUAAAGUAUGUGGAUACUCAGAAAGAUCAAGUUACUUAAGGGACAGUGGUGAGGUUCUGCAUGUAGAUGCUGCUAAUAUCAAAGAAAGUGUUGAGAAAAGUCUUAAGCGCCUUGGAACUGAUUACAUUGAUUUGCUUCAAAUACACUGGCCAGAUCGUUAUGUACCACUCUUCGGUGAUUUUUACUAUGACACAUCGAAAUGGAGACCAAGUGUACCAUUUGCUGAACAACUAAGGGCCUUUCAGGAUCUCAUAGAUGAAGGAAAGGUUCGCUACAUCGGUGUCUCGAAUGAAACUUCAUAUGGAGUGAUGGAGUUUGUUAAUGCUGCCAAACUUGAAGGACUACCAAAGAUUGUGAGCAUCCAAAAUGGUUACAGCUUGCUAGUUAGAUGCCGGUUCGAAGUUGAUCUGGUAGAAGUAUGCCACCCAAAAAAUUGCAAUGUUGGCUUGCUUGCUUACUCCCCUCUUGGAGGUGGCUCGUUGUCUGGGAAGUACUUGGCUCCAGACUCUGAAACUACAAAAAAUGCAAGGCUAAAUCUUUUCCCAGGAUACAUGGAACGUUACAAGGGAUCCCUAGCCAAGGAAGCAACCAUACAAUACAUUGAGGUGGGGAAGAAGCACGGUUUAACUCCGGUUGAGUUAGCACUCGGGUUUGUACGUGACCGGCCCUUUGUGACGAGCACAAUCAUUGGGGCCACAUCGGUAGAGCAACUAAAAGAGGACAUUGAUGCUUUUCUGAUGACAGAGCGGCCGUUUUCGCCAGAAGUUUUGGCGGAUAUCGACGCUGUUUUCAAAAGGUUCAAAGACCCUUCUUUCGUUUGAAAGAACAAAAAGGUUUCUAAUGAGUUUGUGUGACCUCACCAUGAAUUUGUUUUUUUUUAACAGUUGUUGUAUGUCUCGAUAUGAUAGAUAUACACACACUAUCAGAGUCUCAUAUAAUGAACCACAGUUACAAACGUUUGUGACUUUGUGUGACCUCAAUAAGUUAAUUUAGCAUAAAUUUGUUUUUUCA